AUGAAACUAAUAGAUCCUGUAGUAAGAAGUUUCAAAGUUGCGAAAGUGUUCAGGGAGAAUACAGACAAAAUCAAUGCUAUUGAUUUUUCACCAAAUGGAGAACAUUUAAUAUCUUGCAGUGAGGAUGACCAAAUUGUCAUAUAUGACUGUGAAAAAGGGACUCAAUCGAGAACAGUGAACUCUAAGAAAUAUGGUGUGGACCUAAUACAUUUUACACACGCUAAUAACACUGCAAUACAUAGUUCCACAAAAGUAGAUGAUACAAUAAGGUAUCUAAGUCUGCAUGACAACAAAUAUUUACGAUAUUUUCCUGGUCAUACAAAGAAAGUAAUAUCGCUCUGCAUAUCUCCAGUUGAGGAUACGUUUUUGUCCGGAUCUUUGGACAAAACUUUACGUUUGUGGGAUCUUCGUUCGCCAAAUUGUCAAGGAUUGAUGCACCUUUCAGGAAGGCCCGUAGCUGCGUACGAUCCAGAGGGUUUAAUUUUUGCUGCCGGUGUAAACUCAGAAAGUAUUAAACUAUAUGAUUUAAGAUCAUUUGACAAGGGUCCAUUUGUUACAUUCAAAUUAAAUCAAGAAAAAGAAUGUGACUGGACCGGCUUGAAGUUUUCCAGAGAUGGAAAGACCAUACUUAUUAGCACCAAUGGUUCCAUAAUAAGAUUGAUUGAUGCAUUCCAUGGAACUCCACUUCAGACUUUCACAGGUUACCCCAACACAAAAGGAAUCCCAAUUGAAGCCAGUUUCAGCCCAGACUCUCAAUUCAUAUUUUCCGGAAGUACUGAUGGCCGUGUUCAUGUGUGGAAUGCUGAUACAGGCUACAAGGUUUGCGUCUUGAAUGGUGAUCAUCCUGGGCCAGUUCAGUGUGUUCAGUUUAAUCCGAAAUACAUGCUAUUGGCUUCAGCUUGUACAAAUAUGGCUUUUUGGCUGCCCACAUCCGAAGAAGGACUUUAA